CGUUUCUUCACCAAUCACCCUGCGUUUCUUCUCCUGUUCAUCACCCGUGCGUGCGCUCUCUCUCUUUCUCGUGCGGCAACUGCGAGGCCGCCGACGCCCGACGGCAGGGUGCCCAGGCCUUCUUCGGUCCCAUCGCGAGGCCAUAGUUGCAUCAUUCGCCUGAGACGACUGCCCACCGCCAGGACUGAUCUCCUCACUAGGCGCGUAGAGGUGAAGAGAAUAACUUGACAAUGAGCAGCAUAGGCACAGGUUACGAUCUGUCUGUCACCACCUUCUCCCCAGAUGGUCGUGUCUUCCAGGUCGAAUAUGCUACCAAGGCCGUCGACAACAGCGGGACUGUUGUUGGGAUCAAGUGCAAAGAUGGCAUUGUCCUGGGUGUUGAGAAGCUGGUAACCUCAAAGAUGAUGCUGGAAGGGUCAAACCGGAGGAUCCAUUCAGUGCACCGGCACUCUGGCUUGGCUGUUGCUGGUUUAGCAGCAGAUGGCAGGCAAAUUGUUUCAAGGACGAAGUCAGAAGCUGCCAGUUAUGAAAAGGUCUAUGGAGAACCCAUUCCUGUUAAGGAAUUGGCUGAUCGUGUGGCAAGUUAUGUUCAUCUUUGCACGCUGUACUGGUGGCUCAGGCCUUUUGGCUGCGGUGUUAUUCUUGGAGGUUAUGAUAGGGAUGGGCCACAGCUCUACAUGAUAGAACCCUCAGGAGUUUCUUAUAAAUACUUUGGUGCUGCAUUAGGGAAGGGGAGACAGGCUGCAAAAACUGAGAUAGAAAAGUUGAAACUUUCAGAGCUUACGUGCCGGGAAGGCAUUGUUGAAGUUGCAAAGAUAAUUUAUGGAGUGCAUGACGAAGCGAAGGAUAAAGCUUUCGAGUUGGAGUUGAGCUGGAUCUGCGAUGAAUCGAACCACCAGCAUCAGAAGGUUCCAAAUGAACUGUUGGAGCAUGCCAAAGCUGCUGCCCAGGCUGCUCUUGAGGAGAUGGAUGCCGACUAAGAGACACGAUGAUUUGCCCAAACUUGGUGUUUUCGGUGGUGUUGAUAUCUCUGAUCCCUUGGGGGGGGGGGGACCCACUAGGGGUAGGCACAUUUCAACCGAAAACCGAGCCGAACUGGAAUCAAGGUUUUUUCGGUUUUUCGAUUCGGUGUCGGUUUUCCUUUCUUACGAACCGAAAAGAUCGGCUCGGCUUCGGUUUCUAUUUGCUGGACACCGAUACAACCGAACUUACUGCAGUCUAAUGUCCUGUGUGGCGCGCGUUCAACUGGACCUGGACAAUUUGCAGUGCAGCCCACCGAAGCCCAAAAGACACCAACGCACAGCUUCAUAGUCCAUACCAGCUAGCCCAAUUAUUUAUUACCAAACGUCUAGGGCUCCAGGCCAAGCCACACGCCCAAAGUCCAAACCAUGCCGCAUCGUAUAGACAGAAGCGCUUUUGGCCUGCCCCUGGUGGCUCUCACGUCGGCGUGUCGUGCGCCAGCGUGGUGCAUCUGUGGAACCAGCAGCGAGCGGCACCUCGCGAGAACUGCGGCGGGCGGCGCAGCUCUCUGGAAAGAGCGCGGCGGCAACGCGGAGCAGUCGAUGGGCGGCGACGACUGCGGAAGCCAGCAGCAGACACACGAAGACGAUUCUUUUGGUAGAAACUGAACACCGAACGAAGUCUACCUCGACGGCAGCGUCUACGUCGACGGCUGGAGUACUGCACUGAGAUACGAAGUUUAGCUGCACCAAAGAAACAGAACCGAUUGGUCGGUUUAAACCGAUUGCCCACGACCCACUGGACAUGGCCAGUUUCACACAGCCUACGUUUUGAUCCAUGUCAUGUAGAACUCCAACCACGGUUGAGUGUCUCGCUAGGUAACGAGCGAAAACUGGGGAAUUUUCUCGUUCUCGGUCCACACUGGGAUACGAAAGCCAGCUCGGAUUUUAGUGUAUUUCGGUUUCAAAUUUGAAAAUAUAAUAAUUGAAUGGUCAACAAAACGGUUUUUGAAAUUUCAAAACGAGAAUGUAAUCCCUGACUCCGACCAUGGAAGUCUGGAAUCUAGAUUGACUGAUAUCAGCGCUGUGGAUGCCUUGGCGUCUUGAGG